AUGAGAAUGGUCACAUCAAAUAAAAACCCAAGGAUUGACCCCACGAAUGACUGUUCCGCGUUCUUUGUGCCGAAAACUGUCAGUGAUACGUACGAGUUCCAGCUUAGGCGGUUUAUUGAAGACAAGUUCAUGGUGAAGUUAGAAACAUAUGCUGAUUUCCACAAGUGGAGUUGCGAGAAUUAUGCACAAUUUUGGGAAAGUGUCUUGAUCUUUUGUGGUAUUAAACUUGGCUCGAGUUACAUCGAUGUAAGUAUUUUUGAUUCCAUUGCAAUAUGGAGACCAAAGAGAGGGAAUGAGUUGCAUUAG